AUGAAGGAAUGGGCUGAAAUUACCAAAGAAAUGGAAAAGAGAGAGGAAAAAACGAAUGAACUCAUGGAAAUGGAUUUUGUCCAAACCAAGGAAAAGGUCAAGAAUCGAUAUCAGGAAGAGCUCAUACAAAUGGUCGGCAACAUGAAUGACAAAAUCGAAGAAUACCGCCGCAUCACCAAGCAAGAGAACAAUGAUCACUACGAAUCCAUGAAUCAAAAAUAUAAGGAUUAUAUCAUUUUGAGAGAACGUGACAGCAGUUACAUUGAAAUUAUCAAGAACCAAACGUAUCAAAUCAAAAUGAAGGAGGAAGCUCUAGCUCACUGGAAAGCAAAAUGGUUGAACAAUCUCAGAGAGUGCGAGGACAGAAACAACAAACUCAUUAAGGAGAAGGAUCAGCUCUCCCAACAUUUCAAGGAACUCAAAAAGAAGAUGAAUGCCUUUCGAGAGUCAGAAAAGAAGAGACUCACCGAGCUAGUCAAAAUGAGUAAGGAAACGAUCGAUUCUCUCAAUGAAAAGCUGGAAAAGGCCUCACGAAUCCUCAAGUUAUCUGAAGUGAAUCGCAGGUAUGAAACUGAGAGAGAGCGUUUGAUUCCUUUUGAAACGGAAUUGGAAAGCACGACGGCUUUAGCUUCGGUCGCUGAAUCUGCCAUGGAAGAUUUGAUGGACGGUGAGGAAAAGAAGUUCACUGAAUCUGAGUGGCAACAGCUCGAUCGUUUCUACAAACGUUUCAAUAAGGUUCUUCUGGACAAUUUAGCACUCGAACAGGAGAAGGAGCACUUGGUAGAUCAAAACAAAAAGCUUCGUGAUAUGUUGAAACAAUAUUUGGAUGGUAUCACCGUUAAUGAAGAUGUUCUCAAUAGUAGAAAUCCACUCUUAAUUGUAGAUCCAUUAAUUAAGGGACGAUCCCACGAGCCAGGAGCCAAAGAACUUGUCGUCGUUUCUGCCACAAGUAGACAAACAGAAAAGGUGAAGAUUGGAAAUUAA